GUGAUCCGUAAAGGAGAAGUCAGUUGUUGUUGGACCUGUACUCCUUGUAAAGAGAAUGAGUAUGUCUCCGACGAAUACACAUGCAAGGCCUGUCAGCUUGGCUCCUGGCCCAAUGAGGAACUUACAGGAUGUGACCUCAUCCCAGUCCAGUAUCUCAGAUGGGGUGAUCCUGAACCAAUUGCAGCAGUGGUUUUUGCAUGCCUGGGUCUGCUGGCCACCUUGUUUGUUACAGCUAUAUUCAUAAUGUACCGUGACACUCCAGUGGUAAAGUCAUCCAGCCGAGAACUCUGCUACAUCAUAUUAGCUGGUAUCUGCUUGGGUUACUUGUGCACUUUCUGUCUCAUUGCAAAACCUCAACAGAUUUACUGUUAUCUUCAACGAAUCGGCAUUGGUCUCUCCCCAGCUAUGAGUUACUCUGCUCUAGUAACUAAAACCAACCGCAUUGCAAGAAUCCUGGCUGGCAGCAAGAAGAAAAUUUGUACAAAGAAACCCAGGUUCAUGAGUGCCUGUGCCCAACUGGUUAUUGCGUUUAUCUUGAUAUGUAUCCAACUAGGCAUAAUUGUUGCUCUCUUUAUAAUGGAGCCACCAGAUAUAAUGCAUGAUUACCCAAGCAUCCGAGAGGUCUACCUGAUUUGUAACACCACCAACCUAGGUGUUGUAACUCCCCUUGGAUAUAAUGGAUUAUUAAUUUUGAGUUGCACCUUUUAUGCAUUUAAGACAAGAAAUGUCCCAGCUAAUUUCAAUGAAGCAAAGUAUAUUGCCUUUACAAUGUAUACCACCUGCAUCAUUUGGCUAGCUUUUGUGCCAAUAUAUUUCGGAAGCAACUACAAGAUAAUCACCAUGUGUUUCUCAGUGAGCCUGAGCGCCACGGUGGCCCUUGGCUGUAUGUUUGUGCCCAAGGUUUAUAUCAUCCUUGCUAAGCCAGAAAGGAACGUACGGAGCGCAUUCACCACGUCAACUGUGGUCCGCAUGCAUGUAGGGGAUGGAAAGUCAUCUUCGGCUGCAAGUCGCUCGAGCAGCCUGGUGAACCUGUGGAAAAGAAGGGGAUCAUCUGGUGAAACUCUUAGGUACAAAGGCAGGAGACUGGCCCAGCACAAGUCGGAAAUAGAGUGUUUCACCCCAAAAGGGAGUAUGGGGAAUGGUGGGAGAGCUACAAUGACCAGUGAAGAAUCUGUUUGCAUUCCAGAGUGUAAUCGAUCUGAGUCAAGUAGAGAUGAGAAAGAGAUCCCUGUUAAAGAGGAUGCCUUAACAGUCAAAAAGACUGGAAACUGUGUCAGUCUAAUGGUUCCACAACCAGACUGUCAGCCGCAAGACCUACUCAAACACUCUAAUGGGAAAUCCGUUUCCUGGGCCCAGAAUGAGAAGAGCAGCCGAGGAGCACACCUUUGGCAGCGGUUGUCAAUCCACAUCAACAAAAAAGAGAACACCAAUCAAACUGCAGUGAUCAAGCCUUUUUCUAAAAGCACAGAUAGUAGCCGACACAGUAGCAGUGCUACGAUUCCUGAGACCAGUGCCAAAACGCUUUACGAUGUUUCAGAAGCGGAAGAGCAAUACCCAGCUCAGUAUCGACCACAGACUCCCUCACCUAUCAGCACCGUAAGUCACCGAACUGCCUCUGUCAGCCGAACAGAAGAUGAUGUCCCUACCUUCCAGACAGAGCAUGCCCAGCGAAGUAGCUCCUCUCAAGGCUCUCUCAUGGAGCAGAUCAGCAGCGUGGUUACUCGCUUUACAGCCAAUAUCAGUGAGCUGAACUCUAUGAUGAUGUCAACAACCACUCCAGGGGCCACUACUCUCUGCUCUUCAUACCUGAUCCCAAAGGAAAUCCAGCUCCCUACAACAAUGACCACGUUUGCAGAGAUCCAACCACUUCCUGCCAUUGAAGUCAAUGGCGCUUCACAGUCAGUGAGGAAACCUUCAAGUGACAGUGUCAAAGAAGGCACCUCAGAGACCCCUACGGCAAAGCAAGACCUUGAGGAGUUGGUAGCUUUAACUCCUCCUUCUCCUUUUAGAGACUCCAUUGACUCUGGAAGUGCAUCUCCCAGCUCUCCAGUCUCUGAAUCAGCUCUCUGUAUCCCAUCCUCCCCAAAGUAUGACACACUCCUCAUCAGAGAUUAUACUCAAAGUUCUUCUUCGCUGUGAAUGUAGUUCAAGGCAACAUUGGAUCUCAACAGCUACAAACAAGUAGUGAGGGGACAGCCAAGCCUUCAAGAUCUCCAGUGUUUAUGCGGUUAGAGGAAGAGCUAUUGGGUCAUCUUGUGAGAAAAAAAGAGUAAGAAGCAGAAUUACUUCAUGAGUGGAAACAUCAGAAUUAUGCUGUUUUAAGACAAAAUUACUCUUGGCAGAUUUUUGUGGCCUUAAAAAAACAUGGGCUUUUCAGAAACACUGCAUCUAUUUUUGAGGGCUUAUAAGGAGUCUGUUAAAUCAGUUACAUACCAAGUGCUUUGCUUUAAUAUUACAAUGAACUGUGUGUACAAUAUAUGGGGUGGGGGAAAUAGAUUGUAAACAACUGUACAAUGGUUUGUUUGUUUACUCUGAUUCCUUACCCAGAAGUGAACCAUGAUCUUUUAUCAAGAAUAGAAGACCAAACAUUGAAUGUACAUUUUCUAACAAACAGACUCAAAUCUGGGGACCAACCUAUCAAGCUUUCUUUCUUUCCUUUUUUUUCUAUGAAGAUCUCAAAAACAGUAAUGUAUGUUCAAAAACAACCAAACUUUCUGCUGAAGCAUAUUGUGUCUGUGAUACGUUAUACGUGGAGAACACUAAGCUGAGGCUUUGCAGUGAGUGACUGCAAUAUGGAGGGCUUUACAAAUGACUUCUCAACCUACACAUUUAUUUAUGAAAUUCUCUUCUAUCACUAUCAAAAAAUCAAUUUGUUAACAUUGGAUUCACCUUCACAGCAACAAAACCCAAGGAAGAUUUCCUGACUAUUUCACCACGUUGCCAACUAAUAACGAAGUAGCAAAAAAUAUUUUCUGGAGUACUGUUUUGUAAUUCCCUUAUCAGGGCAAGUUAUUGAGGUGAAUAUUCUCUUUCUAGCAGCACUACCAAGCUAUAUUAUAGCUGUACUCCCUAAUGAAAUUAACACAUUUUUAUGGACGUUCUUAAGCUAACAUUGCCAGUUAAAAUACUUAUCCAGCUCCUGUAAUCUUUGCUUGUAAGGAACAGGUAAACACCCUAAGGAUUUUCUCCUUUCUUUGAAUGACAGAAAUCUAAGAAAUCAGUUUGGAUUAUGAUGAAUGUUAACUGUUAAUAAAAAGAUUGUCAUAAUCAUAAUUCAUCGAUAAGGAAAAAAGAACUGUGUUAAAAUCUGCUUAGAGGUGGUUUAGCUACUCUUUAAUAAGCAACAGUUUUAUCUUUAUUUAGCUGCUAUGCCUUGCAGCUAUGAACUGUGACAAAAAAAA